AUGGCGAGACAGAUCAUGAAAAGUGCGUGGGGAUUUUCGGGCGGGGUUGGAGGAAUCGUCUUGACUACCUUCCUCAACCUUGCAUUGUCGGGCGCGUCCGGCCCCACGAAUCCGUGCACCUAUGCCGCCACAGCAGAUUGGGGGAAGUGCGUGUACGGACAGAUUGCAAAGUAUGUGGAGCAGCAUGUCACCUCCUACGUAGCCAAGGAAUUCCAGCACUAUACGAACGAAGUGGCAAAGACAAGGCUGGCAGUAUGGCACUUGAAGCUGAACGACAUCAACAACAGUGUUGCAAUUGACACCAGGAAGCCAGGGCAAAACACAACAAGCAACUGGCUGGCGGACUUUACGGACCCAGUGCAAGAGCUGCGCUUUGACAUGGACGGCGAGUGGCUUAGAUUUUUGCUGACCCCGGUCCUGCCGCAGUUCUUGAACUUGCACCUGACUGUGGAGAGCCUCGCACUCAAAGCAAAGCAACUUCGCGAUGCUGCAUCUAUUCAGAAGUUGGCCAGAGACUCACUGUGCCACGCCAAGAUGGUGCUGAAACGUGCAGCCAACCUUACACAGCGACGAGUGGCGAGCUUUCAAGGCCUCAUGGUGCAUCGAAAGCAUCAUUUGGAGUGGGUAACUCAUUCAAGUUUGCUCUCUCAUGUGAUCUUUUUUCAUCGGCACACAUACGAUUGUCCAUACUACUACCCUGGGCAGUUCGAUGCAGAGUGUACAAGCAAGGAAGCAGUGGAUAAAUCCAACUCUACCUGUACUCCAAAGCCUCCAUCCUUCUCUCCCUGUCUAUACUGCCGCGACCGUGGCGACGGAAUACCCAUACCGUUUCUGGGCGACAAAGCGCAGUGUGCCCCUUGGGAGACCAGUUCUCCUGGUGGGGCGGCUGCGACGAGUUGGUUCUGUCACCGGGCCAAGGUUCUUUCCACACAGCAGAGGGUCUUCGAGCAGUGGCUGCAACCCAUUUGGAACUGGAUCAACAUCACCCGGGCCUUGCAGCAGGCCAUGGAAAAUGGGGAAGUCCCGAAGUGGUCACCGUGGUCGUGGAAGUGUUACGACGAGGCCAACUUGAAGAGCGACCAGGGCCUCUUGGGCCGCAUGGCAUCUUGCCCUUUCAGGAUUCUCACGACCUCCAGCUUCGAAGGCAAGCCCUCCUACGUGGACAGGGGCACAGGUGCAGCAACCGACCUGGGCAUGUGGAGGCCCAAGAGAGGGAGCAAGGGCCUCUACUAUCUCGGUGACUAUUGCAAGGACAGCCAUGCCGCGGACAUGCACCUGACGGCCAUGCUCUUGCAACACAUGCCGGGACACGAGGAUUCCUUGAAAUCCCCGGUCACCAUGACCUUCAACUGGAAUGACCUCCACACUCAUGGUGACCAUGACGGCGGCUUGUUCACGCCGGGUUGCGCAGAGGGCUACCGCCCGGUGGGGAGCGUCGGUGAGCAGGAUCUGCCUGAUUCGCGGGCAGGGCCUGACAACCCUCCACCACCCAGCCGAUUCAAUGGCCUGGUGUGUGUGAAGGCCGAAUACACGGAAGAGGUGCAUCUCACCAAGGACGACUGGAUGUGGACGGACCGUCGCAGUCACGGGCAUUAUGAUGGUGCCGUCUUUGUGGGCGCUGUCUACAUGACGGCAAGUGGUGUCUUGGUCUACGGCCCUUGCCACGCUGCCCGGGGCCACCCGUCUCAUUACACGGUGUAUCGUGUCAAAGAGUCCCUAGUUAGGUGGUGCACGGGCAUGCCGGCAGGGUGA